AUGUCGGCAACCAUCGACCGGCUCGCGACGCCGAGUCAUGAAGGUCAUGCACACAGUGACGAAAUGAGAGAGUGCAAUUCUGAUGAAGAGAACUCAGAAGGAGAAAGAAAACCCAAAAAGGGUUCUUUCAAGAAGAGAGCAGCUACUGCAGGGUAUAAAUUUAGGCAUUCCUUAAGGAGAAAGAGUAAAACCAAGAAUGAUAACCAUGUAGCCUCAAUAAAAGACAUAAGAGAUGUUCAAGAGCUGGAGAUUGUUGAAAGGUUCCGCCAGUGUUUACUUGAUGAGGGCCUGUUGCCAGAACAUCACGAUGAUUAUCACACGAUGUUGAGGUUCUUGAAAGCCAGGAAAUUUAAUAUUGACAAAGCAAAGCAUAUGUGGUCAGAGAUGCUUAGAUGGAGGAAGGAAUUUGGUGCUGACAAUAUAGAGGAAUUUGACUACACUGAAUUAGAUGAAGUUGUGAAGUACUAUCCGCAGUUUUAUCAUGGUGUGGACAAAGAGGGAAGGCCUGUUUACAUAGAAGUAAUUGGGAAAGUUGAUACCAACAAACUAGUGCAAAUCACAACUAUUGACCGCUAUGUAAAAUAUCAUGUCAAGGAGUUUGAGAGAUGUCUCCAGAUGAGGUUUCCUGCUUGUUCUAUUGCUGCGAAAAGGCACAUAGACUCAUCUACUACGAUAUUGGAUGUGAAAGGCGUGGGCCUAAAGAACUUCUCGAAAGAUGCAAGAGAGCUAAUUAUGCGGUUGCAGAAGAUCAACAAUGACAACUAUCCAGAAACCUUAUACCAACUUUACAUCAUAAAUGCUGGCCAAGGCUUCAAGAUGUUAUGGGGUACAAUAAAAUCAUUUCUUGAUCCAGAAACUGCUUCAAAAAUUCAUGUCCUCGGAAACAAGUACCAAACUAAAUUACUUGAAAUAAUUGAUGGCAGUGAACUCCCAGAAUUUCUUGGUGGCAAGUGCAGGUGUGAAGAGUAUGGAGGUUGUCUGAAAUCAGAUAAAGGCCCUUGGAAGGAUCCUGAAAUUGUCAAGAGGGUUAUCAAUGGUGAGGCAAACUAUGGUCGGCAAGUUCUUGCUGUAUCAAGCAUAAAUCAGAAGGAAGUUGGUUGUACUGAACACUCAACUGAGCAGGAAAAAGGCAAUGAUGCCUCUGCCGAAUCUAUUUCUGAGAUGGAAGAUGUUUCUUCUCCAACGGUUUUAGUGGAUCCCAUAAGCCCUAAUUUGACCCAUGUGGAUGAGUCAAAAUUUCCAGGACAUGCUUCCUCAUCUGAUGCCCCACCCAUUACAGGGGAUAGCAUCCCUGCUGUUGACAAGGUCGUGGAUGUAUGCUCCAAUCCAAGAAGCAGCUCGACGCCUUCCAGCUCAGGUUCUUUCUCCUUGAGAAAUAUACCGGCAACAUUGGGAGGACUUAAAACUCGAAUUGUCGCGUGGUCAACAGUCUUAGUCCUGAGCUUGUUGGCAUUCCUCCGUUCUGUCCUGAGCAUAGCGACCAAAAGGCUCUCAAACCAGGCCAUCACAUGUGACCACUAUAGUGCUGACUUCCAUCAAGGAUAUACGGGAAAUGGCACCCUUACAUCUGUAUUGACACGGUUUGGUGAAUUGGAGGAGAAGAUACAGACACUUGAAGCAAAGCCACCCCAAGUGCCGUUUGAAAAGGAGGAAUUGUUACAAACUUCCGUUUACCGCGUGGAUGUGUUGGAAGCUGAACUAAUUUCUAUGAAGAAGGUCUUGUAUGAGACAUUGAUUCGGCAGGAUGAGCUGCUUGCAUAUAUCGACCAACAACAUAUAGCCAAAUUUUGUUGUAAAGAAUUACAAUUUUUAGAAAUAGAUAGGAUUGACGAGCAGGGUAGCUUCUCUUGA